GGCGGCCAUUUUAUGUUCGUAGGUUUUGGUUAAGGCGAGUGAGGUGAGUGAAACACUGAGGACGGCGUACGCGGUCUACUGAUAAAGACGCAAAGACUGCAUUGAAAGAUAACCGAUUCAGCCAUGCAUAGAGACUCCUGUCCAUUGGAUUGUAAAGUUUAUGUUGGCAAUCUUGGUAACAAUGGUAACAAAACAGAGUUGGAGCAUUCUUUUGGUUACUAUGGACCUCUGAGGAGUGUGUGGGUAGCCAGAAACCCACCAGGCUUUGCAUUUGUGGAGUUUGAGGACCCAAGGGAUGCAGCAGAUGCUGUCAGAGAACUAGAUGGAAGGACCCUUUGUGGUUGCCGGGUAAGGGUUGAGCUUUCCAAUGGUGCAAAGCGUACUCUCAAUAGGGGGCCACCCCCUUCUUGGAGCAGGCGUCCCCGUGAUGAUUAUAGGCGCAGAAGCCCACCUCAUCGGCACAGAUCACCACGCAGGAGAAGCUUCAGUCGAAGCCGUAGCAGGUCUCUCUCUAGAGAUAGGAGGAGGGAGAGAUCAUUGUCAAGAGAACGAAAUCAUAAGCCUUCACGUUCUUUCUCUCGAUCUCGCAGUCGUUCCAGGUCUAAUGAGAGGAAGUAGAUUUAUGGAGUCACUGUACAAAUCAACACUGUGGAUUGUUCCCAUUUAAGACUUUAUUGUAGCUUUGCCCUUUUUUGUUUUUAUUCCUGUUUUAUCUGUUCAUCUUUGUAUCAAAGCACAAGCAGUAAUUUGGAGCUCUUGAUUGUGUUCAGUCCAGUUUGGAGGGAAGUAUUGAGGGGUUUUUCAGGUUUUUUCCCCCCCAGAUUGUUUUUUUUUUGUAAGUAAUUAAAUCUACCAUUUAAACAUUUCUGGUGGCACCAUGUUUACUGAGAACUGUUAUAUGGGUGUUCACUGGGUUGGGGUUCUGUUAGUGAAUUUCUGCAUUGGUGCCUGUCUUGUAAAUAGUUGGGUCAUGUGCUUUGUGGAGCUGUUACUGUUUGUAUGGGCAGACUUUAUUGAUUUUGCAUACCUUGUACCAUCUUUCAAAAGACAGUGGUUUAACACUCCUUAAGUGGUUAAUGCUUUUGAUUUUUUUGCUGUUUCAUUUGUAAUGUUGGAUUAAAUUUGAUACCUGGAGAUGGUGGUCUAGGUUUUUUUUUUUUCUUACAGGCUUCUUGAUUUGAAGGAAAAAAUCCUAUUGCAACUGAUUGUAUUAUACCAAUUGCCUCAGUUAUGUGUUAAAUUGAUUUAAAAUCUUCAGUGUAAAUCAAACGUAUAAAUUUUCAGAAUUCUGAACUCAAAUUAUACAAGCUCAAUUUGAGGCUUUAAUUUUCAGUGUUUUUGCAUAUGCCUAGCACUAGCUGGGCACUGCCUAGUAUGAACAUUUUAUAUACCUCAUGGCAUAAACUGGGUUGGGGCUAUUUACAGUGUAUAGCAGUGUUUAAUUUACACCCAUGUGCACUCUUCUUGCUGUAUUCUCAACUGAUUUGUAAGAGCUACAGAUACAGAAUCCUUUGGCUAUUCCUAGUUGACAUUUCAAGUAAAAAAUGCAGUAAGUACAAUGCACAUUGAUUUGAGAUGGUGGCCUUUGUGAAAUGUUCAUGGAUUAAAUGUAUAAUAAAUGACAUUUGCAAAA